UUUCUUGUGUUACCGCCCUUGGGCUGAGACAGUGAAGACGGGUGCGGGAAUUUUUUGCUUUCCGACGAGGAAUAGGUCAAUAAAGGGUAAAACGCUUGCAGGAAUUUCACUAAGGCAUUUAAUCAAACUGGUCUGCAGUCUCUCUCUGACGGACAGUGUGAAUCAUGGCUCUUCCGUUUAAGAAAGAUCUGGAGAAGUAUAAGGAGAUCGAUGAGGAUGAGAUUCUGAACAAGCUGUCAGAGGAGGAACUCAAGCAACUGGAGAGUGCUCUAGAGGAGAUCGACCCCGAGAAUGCUUUGCUGCCAGCCGGACUCAGGCAGAAGGACCAGACCACAAAAGGAGCCACCGGUCCUUUUAACCGCGAUAAACUGCUACAGUAUCUGGAGAAGGAGGCUAUGGACUAUAAAGACAGAGAUGAUUAUGCCACCUUCACUGGAGAGAAAAAAGGAAAGGUAUGGAUUCCCAAAAAGAAACCAAUCGAGAUCCAUCAGGAGGAAGCCACGACCCUUGACCCGGAAUUGGAAGAGGCACUUUCUAGCGCUACUGACACAGAACUGCAUGACCUGGCAGCUAUUCUUGGAGUGAACACACUGGUGACGAGCAUGCAGAGUUAUGACGGCACCUGUAUAGACGGUUAUAACAAUGUUAUUAAGGGAGAAAAGGUAAAGCCAGUUUUUGAUGAGCCACCAAACCCUACAAAAGUGGAGGAAACUCUGCAGCGGAUAAAAUCCAAUGAUUCCUCGCUGACCGAAGUCAAUCUCAACAACAUAAAGAACAUUCCAAUCCCGACUCUAAAGGACUUUGCAAAAGCCAUGGAGAGGAACACUCAUGUGAAGAAGUUCAGUCUGGCUGCCACCAGAAGCAAUGACCCUGUUGCCAUGGCCUUCUCAGACAUGCUACGAGAGAAUAAGACGCUAAAAAGUUUGAAUCUGGAGUCUAAUUUUAUCACAGGCACAGGAGUUCAGGCUCUGGUAGAAGCUCUGCGGGACAAUGACAUGCUAACAGAGAUCAAGAUUGACAACCAGCGGCAGCAGCUCGGUACAUCGACAGAGAUGGAGAUCGCUAAGAUGCUGGAGCAGAAUACAAGCAUCGUGAAGUUUGGGUACCACUUCACCCAGCAGGGUCCCAGAUCCCGCGCUGCUGCCGCAAUCACAAAAAACAACGACCUGGUGCGGCGGAGGCGAGUAGCGAAGGAUGUGUAGAACAUAUUCUCUCUCUCUCACAAGCUCAUCAGACUCUUGUGCCAAACCCUCUGAGGGAGCCGCUUCACCUGAAGAAGGGACACAACUGGAUACUUUGCCUCCCUAAUGUUAAUACUCAAUGAUCUUUUUGUUAUGUUGUAUUAUUAUUGUUAAUUGUUGUUUGUUUUUAUAGCUGCAACUCUUUUGCAGCCAUUUUUUUUUUUUGCUUGUGUAAAACCCUUUCUGCUCUUUUCUUUGUAAAAGUUCUUUGAAACGAAACUAAACAGGUUGCAACGGUUACACACAUGUACUCAAGCGCUAUAGUGAUCUCUUCAUGAAUGCGCUGGAUCAGAACCUGUCGCCCACAUUCACUCUGAACAAAUCUAGACUCAACUGGACUGGAUCUGCUGUGUUCCCCGCUUAAUGUGAGCUAAAUCUAGAUUUGUCGAGUCUGGGUUUGGAGCACAGGUUUCAGCAGAGAGCUGAAUGAGAGCCACGCUGUUAGCCAAUGAGAGCCACGCUGUUUGUAACAGACACUCUUUAAUAAAAGUCAUCUAUACUCUCAUUGUUAGCUUCACCGUGAGUGUGUGAGAAGAUUGUGCGGCUGUAGUUUUAUCAGCAUGGGUUGUGUGUGGAUGUCUUUGGGCAGCUGGGUCCUCUCAAAAACUCUCAGCUUCCACACUGCACCUCGGUUUUGCUGCCGAUUGAGACAAUUCAUAUUGUAAAAUUCACCUCCUAUUCCCGAAACACACUAAUACUGUGUGUCUGAGGAAUUAGAGUGCUAAUUUAAGAUCAGCGCCCCAUUUUCAUCAAAUGUCUUUGGAAAUGGAAACAUUUGUACUAGAUCAGCACUAAUGACAACCUUGGGUGUGUAAAUGAAGGUCAAAGACAGGUUUCAGUUAGGACUUAAAAACUUUUAGAGGUAUAUUUCCACCGAGCAAUGCACUAAGGGAUAUAUUGUUUUUUUUUUUGUUUUUUUUUAACACAGGAAGUGAGCAUUUAUGUAAUUUAGUUAUAGAUUUAGAUGAGAGUAUCUUUCCUGUAGAUAAAUCUAAAAUGGCUUUUCUAAUACCAUGCCAAAGACUAACACCUAAAUACUCUCAUUUUCAGGACUCUAGCUGAAUUUCAUUUUUUGAGUUUAUUAAAGGUAUAAUUCACCCUAAAAGAAAAUGCUACAUUUCAUGCCCUAAAUUGUUCCAAACUUGUAUGCUGUUAUUGUUUUUAUAGAACGCAAAAGAUUCAUUUUUAAAGAAUUUUCGCAUAGUUUAUGGUAACCACGGCUGUCAAACACCUUAUGGGUUAUGAAGACAAUACGAUAGUUUUGUAUGCGGGUUAGGACAACAUUGAAAUCGUUCACUGUAAUUGGUUCACCAACAACCAAUCGCCAAAUGGCUUGGAAUGUAACGCACAAGUUCGAAAAAUAGCUGCAUGAAGAUUCCCAUUCAAAAAAAUAAAUGAAUAAAUAACCAGAUAUGGGUUUGGAACAACAUGAGGGUGAGUAAAUGGCAAAACGUUCAAGUUGUGGUGGAUUAUUCCUUUAGUUUGUCUAGAAGAAAUAUUUCUGAAGCACAUGGUCUGUGCUAAAGAGGAAAUUGGGGAACUAGUUGAGUGAACGCGAGAAGGACGAGUAAAGUUUCAUCUUGAAUAGCAACCAAUUCUGAGCAUUUAGUGGCCCUGAUGCAGCCAGAGCCCCGAACACGUUUGUGCACAUUUGUGAUCGCAUGCAUGUUUGCAAUGUAAAGCUUUAUCUUUUCACUAAAGCGAUCUAACACCAGUGUAAAAUACUGAAUUAACGUUUAUACCGCUUGCCAUUUUCUGUGAGCUUGUACGUCCUACGAGGUUCAUUGAUUGUGGUAUAUAAUGUAGAGCACAGACGCUUUGCCACCAAAUGGACCUUCAGCACAAAAGUACGGCAUCUCAGGCGAAGCAGUCUGAGCAUGCCCGGUAUGGAUUAUUAUAUAGCUGGAUUACACAGGGGAACAUGUUGUACACCUGCUUUAAAUGCAAAAGCUAGGACCAAGUUUAAAGUUUUCCUUUUCUCACCUUGUCGUUAAGCUUCAUUGUUUUGUACUGUUCGGUUUUGUAAGAGCCUUGUGUAUCAAUUGACUUAUGUUUGUCUUUCAUUUUUCUUUGUGAACAAAUGAUGAAUUGUGUGUAUGAAAUCUUUUUUACAGGUUAUGGUUCAUGUUUCAUUCCAUCUUUGAUUAUCGGUUAAAGGUUCAUGCUUUGCUGAAAGCUUGUGCUUGUAAGAAAGAGCUCUGCAAUCUUACCAUGAGUUCAUUUGAAAUAUCCAUCUCAAAUCCUCUUCAGAAGAUUCCACACAUAUAUACAUAUAAAUAUCAUGUACCGUAAAUGCCUCUUAUAUUGCCGCAAUUUUGUAUGUUGAUACUACAUGUCUGGAUUCCAGAAGAGGAAAUCUUACUAUGUACUGUUAAUAAUAACACCCAACGCUGUAAAGUAUCAGACGUCAUCAAUAAAAUGUAUGUUUUUA